CCUCCUUCCGAAGGACCUGCAUCGAUCCAUUCCCCUCGAUAUCCUACUCAGCCAGAUCAAUCCCUGAGGACAUCCGCCAUGAGCACGUAUAUGUCGGCGAACAAGUCAGGGGCGGCGGAGAAGGGGUCAGAAUCCGCGGAGACGCCCAUCCUGUGCGAGACGUGUCUAGGACCCAAUCCAUUCAUCAACAUGUCGAAGCAGCCGCAUGGCAAGGAAUGCAAGAUCUGUUCUCGUCCUUUCACAGUCUUCCGCUGGAAGCCAGGGCAAGGCAUGAGGUUCAAGGCGACCCAGAUCUGUACCACUUGUGCCACCAUCAAGAACGUCUGCCAAACAUGCGUCUUGGACCUGCAGUACGGCUUGCCUGUGCAAGUGAGGGAUACAGCAUUGGGGCUUAAGAGCCAAGUGCCGAAGGGUGACAUCAAUAAGCAAUAUUUCAUGAACAAUCAGGAGUCUCAGCUCGAUGGAGGUUCGUCUUCCGCUCUAGGUGCCAUCGGUCCUGCCACCUCUGCAGGGCAUGACAUGUUGAAGCAACUAGCAAAGCAGCGCUCAGAUCCCACCGCUCGUCCGCCCAAUUACAACCGAAACAAGCCGCAUCUGUGCUCAUUCUUUGCCAAGGGAGAAUGCACUAGGGGCGACUUGUGUCCUUUCAGGCAUGAGCUGCCGAUCAACAACGAGCUGAGCAAGCAAAACAUCCAAGAUCGGUUUCACGGGCGCAAUGAUCCGGUUGCGAAGAAAAUGUUGGGGACAGCCGCUUCAGAUGCUGGGUUAGCCCCGCCAGAGGAUAAAGAAGUAACCUCGCUCUUCUUGUCGGCCCUUCCGCCCACGAUCACCGAUGCCGAGAUCCGGACGUGGUUUGUGACGAAUGUCCCCUCGCUACAGCCUCACCAGAUCAAGUCGAUCACUCUCGUCCAGACAUCAAAAUGCGCUUUUGUGAAUUUCAGGACCAGAGCCGCUGCCGAGGAGGCUGCGAUGAGAUGUGCAGCCAAGGUGGAAAUGGGAGGAAAGGAGGUGAGGAUAGCUUGGGGCAGGAGCCGGCCAGCGAAGAAGGCGGGAGGGUCUGCAGCAGCAGGCGAGGCUAGGGCGGAGAAGACCGGAUGA